UGCGGGCUCCUCUCCUCUCUGUUGGGUCCCUGGGGUUUCAGGCCCUUUCGGUCGGGAGGAGCGACUCCACAGUUCUCUUAAUUGCCACCGCAGAAUAUUUGUAGACCAUAGAUACAUUUUAAAUUGUAUGCCGACGUUUCUGUGUGGCUGUGUGUUUGUAGGGCCGGGAUUUCGCAGCCUUAUGCACCGGGAGCUUCUCUGUUAUCUAACUAACACACCCAAGUUUGCAAAUCACAUCCAUGCGAGUCAGCUAACCCCCCCCCCCAGGCACCGCGAUCUGAGCGUACUAAUCUAGGACCACAUUUCCCAAAGCAGCAUUUGAAAAGUGGUGGAACUCCAUCUGAAAAUGAUCUGAGAAGAUAUGAUUGCAGGCCCAGCCCUGGCUUCCUGGCCCUCAACACAGAACCAACCCCCCGUCGCAGAUCUAGGCUCUUCUGCCUCCACGCAUCACAACUCAGCGGGAGUGACAAAUGAAAAUCGGCAGCAGGGCACGAGGGGCAAGCGGAGGCUGCGGGAGAGGUCGGAAAACGCCAAGCGCAGACAUUCGGAGCGAAACCUGGGCAGUGCUGAGCGGCCUCAGCUUGAGAAUGGAGAUGUUGAAGCAGUUACUCUGUUUGAAGUGGUUACCAUGGGAAAGAGUGCUAUGCAGGCUGUAGUGGAUGAUUGGAUAGCAGCCUAUCAGACAGACCGAGAAACCGCCCUCCUGGAUCUCAUCAGUUUCUUCAUCCAGUGCUCAGGAUGCAAAGGGGUGGUGACAGCAGAGAUGUUCCAGUGCAAGCAAGACAGUGACGUCAUGAGCAAAAUGGUGGAGGAACUGGAUGAGGGGUCUGGCCUGCAGUACAAGAAGUUUCUUGCGUUUCCUUGGAUCCUGACGGUCACAUGGCCUUUGGACAUGGGCGGUGGGGAGUACCCUCUGAUCAUGCCCGGCCCGUAUUGGAAGCGCUUCCGCUCCAGCUUCUGCGAGUUCGUGUCCGUGCUGGUGGCGCACUGCAAGUACAGCGGCGUCUUUGACAGCUACCUGACGGACACUCUCAUUUCUCUGCUGACCGAGCUGUCAGAUUCCAGAGUGCGGGCCUUUCGGCACACCUGCACACUGGCAGCUGUGAAGCUGCUCACCGCCUUGAUUGGCGUGGCCCUGAACCUCAGUGUGAGUGUGGACAACAGCCAGAGGCUGUAUGAGGUGGAGAGGGCUAAGGCUUCCAACAGAAGGGUUGGGUCCCGGCUGGAGAAGCUCCAGCGCAAGAUUGAUGAGUUGCAAGACAAGAAGCUUGAAAUGGAGAACAUGAUGGAUGUGAUUUUCAAAGGCAUCUUUCUGAAGCGAUAUCGGGAUGUGAUUCCGGAGAUCAGAGCCAUCUGCAUGGAGGAGCUGGGAGUCUGGAUGCGGCUGUACGCUCACAUGUUCUUCAAUGACAGCUAUCUGAAAUACGUCGGGUGGAUGCUCUACGACAAGCAACCCGAUGUCCGUUUGAAGUGCGUGCGGGGUCUGCAGGGCUUGUACGGCGACCCGCUCCUGAUCCCCAAACUGGAUCUCUUCACCAGUCGCUUUAAGGAGAGAAUGCUGUCCAUGACACUGGACAAGGACCACGAGGUGGCAGUGCAGGCACUGAGACUGCUGAUGAUCAUCUCGCAGUCCUGUGACGACAUCCUAAGUGCUGAGGACUGUAACCGCCUGUACCAGCUGGUGUUCGCCGCCCACCGACCCCUGGCCUCCACCGCGGGGGAGUUCCUCUACACAAAGCUGCUGAGUGCCCGCACCCUGCUUGACCUCGCGGAUGGCCCCCCCUCUGAACGGGACCUCGUUUCUGCCAGGGUUGUAGCCAUCCUUCAGUUCUUCAGGGAGAGCGAGUUCCAUCAGCAUGUGGUUUACCUGGUGGACAGUCUGUGGGACUCUGCAGGAUCCCUGCUUAAGGACUGGGCCAGCCUCACCUCUCUGCUGCUGCAGGGUGCAGGACUGAGCUGCGCCCAGGAAGGCCUUCUGAUCGAGAUUCUCCUAGCAUCUGUAAGACAGGCAGCAGAAGGACCCCCAGUAGCAGGCAGAGGAACUGGCAAGAAGGUGACCAGCGCCAGGGAGCGGAAGGCCCAGGCUGAUGACUGUCUGCGGCUGACGCAGCACUUCACUGUGACCCUUCCUCAGCUGCUCUCCAAGUUCUCGGACGACCCGGAGAAGGUGGCGUGCUUACUCCGAAUUCCCCAGUACUUCCAAAUCGACGCCAGUAGUGCCGGGUGUGCAGAAAAGUACCAGGAAGCCCUGCUCGCAGAGAUGGGUGUUGCUGUGGAGAGGCACAGUGACGCGGCAGUCCUGGAGGCGGCUGCGUGCACCUUCCAGGCACUGGGCAGCGAGGACACAGUCUGGCACGACGCAGCGUCUGCCGCUCGGGACCAGCUGGUGCGGCGCUGGGCGGCGAGGCUGGGCGCACUGCUGGGAGACGCGCUGACACCGGAUGGGGUGUUCAGUGCUGAUGCGGACACCGUGGAGGAGAUUCUCUCCGUGCUAAAACGAGCUGCCACUUUCUACAAUGCUCAGGAUCUGUCCCAGUGGGGGCUCCAGGACGCAGCCUCUCGCCUGCUCGGGGUGGAGCGCGAUCACGGUGGAGUGCCCCAUCAGGUGGCGGUAGUGGCCCUGCGCUGCGUGUGCUGUUCCAUCCUCUGGCGCCUCAGUGCUUGUACAGAAACAUCGCUGUCCAGGGAGGCUGCUGUAGCCCAGCGGAGUCAACUGCGGGCCUUCUGUGAUCGCUGCUGCCGCUUCCUGUCUCACGAGCAGCUCACCGUCAGGGAGCAGGCCUUCCUCUCGCUCUGUGACUUGCUCACCGCUCACAGUUACCAGCUCCAGGCGUGGGACCACACUGCCGGUGCCCCCCUGCUCUACACCCCGGACCCCAAGCUCCAGAGGGCCCUGCUUGCUUUCACCUUGGAGCACGUCUUCACGGGCGCUGAGCAGGAUGCCCAGAGCAGGGCCAGCGAGAGCGACCUUGAGACCGGCCGCCUGGAGGAUCUUCACAGACGGCGGAACCUUCUGGCAGCCUACUGCAAGCUGAUUGUGCAUGGCGUGCUGGAAAUGAACAUGGCCGUCGAGGUCUUCAAGCUCUACAUGCAGUACUACAGUGACUUUGGGGACAUCAUAAAAGAGACGUUGAGUCGGACCAGGCAAAUGGACAAAAUGGAGAGUGCGAGGACGCUGGUCCUGUGCCUGCAGCAGCUCUUCCUGCGUCUGAAGCAGGAGCAGCAAAGCAGCAGUGGCUCCGGGUUCCAGAGCUUCAGUAGCAUCAAGGAGCUGGCCAGGCGCUUUUCGCUCACCUUCGGCUGGGACCAGAUCAAAUCCCGCGAGUCUCUGGCCAUGAUUCACAGGGAUGGCAUCGAGUUUGUAUUCCAGGGCUUUGUCCAGCAGGCAGAGAGACUGCCCCCUCCUAACAUCUCCUACCUCACCAUCCUGAGUGAGUUCUCCAGCAAGCUUCUGAAGCCAGACAAGAAGACGGUAUACAACUACCUGCAGAAGUGUGCUGGGGAGCUGGCCGUCAGCAGCAAGGAGGACUGCUGGCUGCCCCUGGCCUACUACAGGGCCUCUCUGAUGGCCACGGCCGAGGGACCGGAGGAUGCCGGCUCUCACGUCAGCUCGGACACCUCCAGGCAGGCCUUCUCGGCCCAGGGCUCCCGCUCCUCCUCACUGAAGCCGGCCCCCGUUGUGGGAGAGGUGCAAGGCAACAAGACUCCAGAGCUGAAGAGCUCACCUGUGUUCAUCUGGCCAGAGACGAAGGGGAGAAAGGCCCUGAAGGUUACUGCAAGCGCUGCCAAGACGAGACAGGAGCCAAAGAGACUGCUCUGCGCCACUGACGACGAGGUGAACGUGGAUGCAGUGGAGGUGGACCCCUGACCUGUCUGGUGUGUGAGCUGAGGGCAUGUCACAUACCUGAAUGUUUGGGUGGAAGCUACUGGAAUCCAGUGUUGCAUUCCCAUUAUGGGGUUGAAGCAGGUAGAGCGGGAAUCGUGUAGUAAGGUGCUGCACUGCUAGAUCUGCCAGUAGGCAAAGCGACACCCACACCAAGUUAAUGACUAAUACUGUAUCUGUGUCGGGACGAGGGAAUUUCUAGCACUCAGGAAUUAAAUGUUUAAUCUUGGCAGUUCUUUACUGUAUUCUGUAUGAUAUAACUGCAGGGUUUUUAAAGGGACAUUCUAGUUUUGGUGCUGUGCCUCAGAAUGAACAUGAAUGAAUGUUAGUGAUAAAGUGCUUUCCAAGACACGCAAAGCGCUUUACAGAACCAAUGAGGUGUUUAGUGAAUUAGCGUCAGCUUUGCUCACCAGCUGAACCUGGGACUGGAGUUUUGACUGGUCUUUUUCAAGGCAGUGACCUUUUUUAUGGCAAUAGCUUUUUACAGAAAUCAGCCCAGAACUUGAAGUGAUGUUACUUACAAAAGGUUGCUAAUGGACCCUUUACUCCACAGCACUGAUCCUGAUGUCCGCGUUGUACCUCUGACCGCAAAAGGUUCAAAUGGCGAUCGGUUUGUUUUCAUAACUCAUUGCUUGUCCAGCUGGGAUCUUGUUGCCCCCGUCACCAUGGCUGGACAGCCUCUGCAUAUGGAGACGUGAUCAUGUUGUGCCCUGAAUGUGACUUACAGAUCCGAAUUGGGGAAAUUACUUCUGUUGGGCAUCUCAUGCCUUUGCCAAAAUUUUAUAUGUGAUGUUCUUAAUGUAUUUCGCUUUCUCCCGUUACGGUCCCGUGAUUUACUGUAUAUAGUUUUGUCUGUUUAAAACUAAUUUUCCUCAAUUUUGGCAGGGAAUUUUUUUUUUUUAAUACCCUUUCAGGUCUAGCACAAAUCAAAGGUAGAUGCCACAGUGAUGGUGUUUGACUGUUUCUAACUGCUGCCAUGGGCCCUCUUGCGUGCGUGUGUGUGUGUGAAGAGGAAACCCAGGGUGGAUGCACUUACGCUUCUGUAAAACUCCCUUUUAUGCUUUGUCCACAAUCUCAGAAUGGGCAUUUAGGGUUUUGUGAUGUGUUUUUAUUGUGAAGCACACAUCUGCAAAAUAAACUAUCUGCAGACUAA